CCCUCGUUGUCCGCUUGUCGGCUGCCAAGACGGUGGCUGGCAGGGGCUGUCAUGGCUGUGCAGAACGAUUACGACUCUCCAUUAUCGCUCGCCAUCGUUCACCCAGCGUAUAGCCUUUCGCCUCUACUAGCGUUUCUUCUGUAUACACGUACUUUGCCUACCCAUGUCUCUCGUUGCGUCGUCGUAGCUUUCGCUUUUUACCACCCUCCCCUUAUUCUCCUGAGCGGAGAAGCACCGCCACACGAGAAUGCGCAUCUUUGGGAGUCUCCGGGCGGCCAUCACCAUCGGCCUCGCCACCAUAACAGCCGCCUCAUCACACGCCCGCCCACCAUUGCGAAGCAUUGCGCUCGCCAAGAAUGCCGAUAUCCUCACACAAACACACCGCGUGACCGCCGUCUCGUCGUUCGACCUCGCUUUCGAUGUCUCCGGCAAGCGCAUCCGCCUGAGCCUCGAGCCCAACCACGACCUCUUUGUAGAAGGCGGCCGUAUAACACACCUCAACUCCGAUGGAUCGAUAGCACGGGAAGAACCGAUUGAGCGAUUGCGGCACAAACUCUACAAAGGCACAGCAUGGUUGAAGAGGGGGAACCGCUGGGACAAGGUCGGCUGGGCCCGGAUAGGGAUACGCAAGGACGGGCUGGAACCGCUAUUCGAGGGCACCUUCACCGUAGACCACGACCACCACCAUGUCAAGACGGCGACAAACUACAAGACGGUGCGGAAAGCCGACGACCCGGACGUUGACCUGCGCGACAAGGAAUACAUGGUUGUUUACCGCGAUUCGGACAUGAAGAAGUCCGCCGAAAACGACGAGGAGCGCAUGGAAUUGAAGAAGCGGGCAGACAGCGUCAAAUGCCCGUCAGACGAGCUGCUUUUCAACACACAGGCAGACCACCCGGUCUUUGCUAGUAUGCGCGCCCGCGACGUCUCACCCGCCAUGUCCCCAUCACUCAUAGGUGCCAUGUUCAAGCGACAGGACGACCUCCAGCCCGGAGGCAACGGUGCAGGUGUCGACCUUUCUUCCACCAUUGGCAGUACGGCCGGAUGCCCCGGCACGCGCAAGGUCGCGCUCGUCGGUGUGGCCGCCGACUGCACCUAUGUCCGCUCCUUCAACGGUGACAAGAACGCGACGCAGGAAAACAUCAUGGCCGCCAUGAACUCGGCUUCUGAGCUGUUUGAGAGCACCUUCAACAUCUCCCUCGGCCUGGCCAAUCUGCUCAUCACGGAACCCGAAUGCCCGACACAGCAACAGCAGGCGACACCAUGGAACCAAGACUGCAGCGGCAGCAUUACUAUUCAAGACCGUCUGAACCAGUUUUCCACAUGGAGGGGCCAGCAGAACGAUCAAUACUCACACUGGACAUUGCUAUCUACCUGUAACACCGGAUCCGCUGUUGGACUGGCUUGGCUUGGACAAGCCUGCACAACAGGCUCUCAGGACAACAGCGGAAACGCUGGCGAGACUGUCGCUGGUGCCAACGUUGUUAUCAAAACUGAAUCCGAGUGGCAGGUCAUUGCUCACGAGACGGGACAUACCUACGGUGCUGUGCACGACUGCACCUCACAAUCCUGCGCAAACAGCGACCUGGUCAGCGCACAACAAUGCUGCCCCCUCAGCCAAGGCAAAUGCGACGCCGGAGGUGGCUUCAUUAUGAACCCUUCGACUUCUGACGGCAUUUCCCGCUUUUCCGCUUGCUCUAUUGGAAACAUCUGCUCUGCGCUCGGACGUAACAGUGUCAAGUCUCAGUGUCUUACCAACAACCGCGAUGUUACUCUUCUUACUGGCCAGACUUGCGGUAACGGUAUCGUCGAAGGCGAUGAGGAGUGCGACUGUGGUGGCGCGUCAGGCUGUGAGGGCAACAAAUGCUGUAACCCCGAGACCUGCCGGUUCAUCGGCAACGCUGUAUGCGAUGAUUCCAACGAAGACUGCUGCCGCGACUGCGGUUUCGCUCCUGCCACCACCGUCUGCCGCGCUUCCGUCGGAGAGUGCGAUCCACAAGAGACGUGCACUGGAAGUUCGCCAUACUGCCCCGAGGACAAGACCAAGAAGGACGGCUCAGAUUGUGGCGAUGGUCUUAGCUGUGCUUCCGGACAGUGCACGAGCAGAGACAUGCAGUGCAAGACCAUCAUGGGUAGCUACACAAAGGGCAACGACACCUACGCCUGCGACAACAGCAACUGCAUGAUCAGCUGCGCCAGCCCAGAAUUCGGAGCAAGAUGCUAUGGAAUUCAGCAAAACUUCCUCGAUGGAACAAGUUGUACCGGUGGGGGUCAAUGUAGUAACGGGGUAUGCGAAGGCGGCUCCGUUGGCAAAGAAAUCACCACCUGGAUCCAACGCCACCUCCCACUCGUCAUCGGCCUUGCAGCUGGAAUCGGUGGCGCCAUCCUCCUCUGCAUCUUCUGCGGCUGCCUGCGCUCCUACCGCCGUCGCUCCAAACUCAAGAAAUACGCCCAGGCUCCCCCACCCAUGCCUUACCAAUCCGGCGGUAGCUCAAGGAGGAAUCGAAGCGGACCUAUGGGCCCUCCUCCCAUGGGCCAAUAUAACAACGGCUAUCCUCCUCCGCAGGGACCGCCACCAUCAAACGGUGCGUCGGGCCCGUGGCAACCGAAUCCGCAUGCGCCGAAUGGGAAUGUGCCCAUGCCGCCGCCGGUGCAUAGGAGUAGUGUGCGGUAUGCUUGAGCAUUCGUUUUGUUUUUUUGUUUGGAAGCCGUUUGAUAAGGCUAUAUCACGGUCAUUUAC